UAUAUAUAUAUGAGUGGUAUGACUCAUUACAUAAAUAAAAAAUGUUUGAGAGCUCUAAAUUAAGAGCUCUAAUGGGUAGAGUCCAUCUAUUGAUGUGAUGUUUUGGCCUUCUUCUUUUUUAUUUUUUUUCUCAUUGCCAUAUAAGUAGAUCUCAAUUUAGUACUCUAUUUUUAGAGCCCUCUAUCACCACUCUUACAUAAAUAUUAUAAGAAAAUUAUACAUCAACACAUGUUUUAAAACAAAAAAAUCAAAUCAAUGAAAAUUUUUAUAAACAUUAAUAAUUAGAUCAUAAACUUUUUCAUUAGUCUAUAAAUAUUUUGUACAAACCUUAUGGAUGUGUAGUUUCCCAAUAUUUAUUAUAUUUGUAUUGACAAAUAAAAUAACAUAUAAAAAUAUGAUGAUGGUAUAAUUAUUGUUCUCACAGACUGUAUCAAAAAUAGCCAUAUCUUGUCUCUGCCAAAUUUAGUGAAAUCACCGCCAUGUCUAAAGAGGAAAUAUGGCCGGCUUUAAAUCCCCUCAUUUUUUUUGGUUGUCAUUGCUCUCUCUCUCUCUCUCUCUCUCUCUCUCUGGUUUGUUCAUUGCAUGUACAAAAGACUCUAUACUUCUCCCAAGUAAUUAGCCAUCAUAAUCAGAUAGAGAAACAAGUUCAUUUGAGCUGAAUUUGAGAGCUUUGAGUUUUGAUACAUAUCUGAAACCAGUGUUUGUGGUUUGUGAAAAACCCAAUUCAAAAUGUGCAUCAAUUUAGUGUCAAAAUGUGAGUCCUGAGAGCAAUCCCAAGAUGUCAGACAUCCCUCCAAAGCCUUCUCAUUGUCAAAUGACACCAACUUCUCAGCAACCCAUUAAUCAAACACUUGGUCAUUCAAGAUCUUUGUCUCAGCCUGCAUUGUUCUCUUCAAUGAAUUGUUUCCCUCCAUUACUAAACCUCCUUUCUAAUCGCGAGCCAUCACCAACCUCAGAAUUGAUUAUUGAAGAUGUACCAAUGGAUGAUCAAGGUGCUUCAUCCCUUUCACUUUCGUCUCAUAAAUGGCACCGCCGAUCCAACAGUGAUAUGCCAUUAGGAUUCUCUGCUAUGAUUCAAUCUUCCCCACAAUUGAUACCCAUAAGCGGUCAUGGAGUUUUUGAUAGGGAUGAUAAGCCAAUUCAUUCUGUGAAACAAGAAAUGAAUUUGGAUAUAGAUUGCACUUACAAAAAAGGAGUGAUGGUUGAGGGGAAAUUAGAGGGAGAUGUUGGGGAUGACUUGUUUAAUGCUUUUAUGAAUUUGGGCAGCGCUGAUCCAUUGAACUCUUCUGGUAUUGAGGAAAAGGACAUGGAUAGCAGGUCCAGUCGAACAAAGACACGUGGCGGUGAUGGUAGUGAUAAUGAGGUAGAAAGCAGCUUGAAGGGAAAACCCAACACCAUCCAUGGAGGAGGUUUAGGUCUUUCAAAUACGCGGCACUUCAGAAGUAUUUCAAUUGAUAGUUUUAUGGGAAAUAUGAAUAUUGCUGAGGAAUCGCCAAAGUUGCCCCUUUCAUUGGGAACUCAGUUUGUUCCGUACUCACCUUCUAAUUCUAUGGAUAUGAACUCGGCGAAGUUCAGUUUGGAGUUUGGAAAUGGCGAAUUCAAUGGAGCUGAGCUGAAAAAGAUUAUGGCAAAUGACAAACUUGCUGAAAUUGCAUUAUCAGACCCCAAACGUGUUAAGAGGAUAUUGGCUAAUCGGCAAUCAGCUGCACGUUCCAAGGAACGGAAGAUGCGAUACAUCUCAGAGUUGGAACAUAACGUGCAAACUCUGGAAACAGAAGCUACUAAACUGUCCGCACAGGUUACACUUUUACAGAGAGAGUCUGCUGGGCUUACAAGUCAGAACAAUGAGUUGAAAUUUCGCCUUCAAGCUAUGGAACAACAGGCACAACUCAAAGAUGCUCUCAAUGAAGCGUUAACUGGAGAAGUUCAACGUUUGAAGCUUGCAGCUGCAAAACUUAAGAGAAGUUAGACCUUCUAAUAGCAUGGCUCGACCAAAUUCCAUGAAUCACUGGAUGUUCACAAUGCAAAAUUAGCAACCGACCUAACUCGGACUUUAUCAGUUGUAGCAACCACGACAACUACAAUUGCAGUCUCUGCUGCCUUUGAGUAACCAACCACAGUUGCAAUAACAAAACCUCACACACACACACACACACACCCUUCCAUGGAAACCAUACAUUUUGAGACAUUUAUGUGUUAGUUUUCUAUUAUCUUUUUUGUUUUUUCUUCUUAAAGUGAGCUUGACAACUUAAAAUAUUGUCUUUUUCUUUCUCUUUUUUAUAUAUACAACAUUUCACGUGAACUCAAACAUCCGAAUGACAUUGAUACGAACUAUUAUUAUUGGUGA